AUGGCCUCCAGAACAGGUAGUAAAGGUUUCUCAAAAGAGGUUCAUAAGUUGCGGCUAGAUGAUCUCAAGCUCCCUUCUCCAGUCGAGAUGAACAUUCAUGGCCAGGUGCCAAGGCCAUUAGGAAACACGCCGAAGUUUCCAAACUCCAACAGAAAGGUGUUGACUGCUGACUCCUUAAUCAGCAAAUUGGAGUCCACUUCGAUAUCAUUGGCUAGUGUUGAAGAACAAGGGUCAGGAGGAGUAGAUUCCUCAUCCGUCAAUGAUACCAGAGGGUCCCAAGCAACAUCUGUUAAGAACAGUUCGGUUUCAGGAAAAGUCAGUGAUGGAGCUAGCAGUCUUGGGAAGACUAGUGGGAGCACGAAAAUUGAGUAUGUGGAAAGUGGGAAGAGCAGCAUGUGCAGAGGCAGCACGAGCAGUGACAUCAGCGAUGAGAGUACCUGUAGCAGCUUUAGUAGCAGCAUCAGUAAGCCUCAUAAGGCAAAUGAUUUAAGAUGGGAAGCCAUCCAGGCUGUUAGGAUGAGGGAUGGGGCUUUGGGUUUGAAUCACUUUAGAUUGCUGAAGAGGUUAGGCUGUGGCGAUAUUGGAAGUGUGUAUUUGUCUGAGUUGAGUGGGACCAAGUGUUAUUUUGCCAUGAAGGUGAUGGACAAGGGCUCCCUUGCAAGUCGUAAGAAGCUGCUUAGAGCUCAGACAGAGAGAGAGAUACUACAAUCUCUUGACCAUCCAUUCCUUCCUUCACUUUAUACCCACUUUGAGACGGAGAAGUUUUCUUGUUUGGUUAUGGAGUUCUGCCCUGGUGGUGACUUGCACACCCUCAGGCAGAGGCAGCCAGGGAAGCAUUUCACCGAGCAGGCAGUAAAGUUCUACGUGGCAGAGGUCUUAUUAGCAUUGGAGUAUCUCCACAUGCUGGGAAUCAUCUACCGCGAUCUCAAGCCCGAGAAUGUAUUGGUGAGAGAUGAUGGACACAUAAUGCUCUCCGACUUCGACCUCUCCCUCCGUUGCGCUGUAAGCCCAACUCUCGUCAAAGGCACGCCUCUCGAGGGAGCCGACCCACUACGAAAGAACCCAGUCUACUGUGUCCAGCCAGCGUGCAUUCAGCCGCCAUCCUGCAUCCAACCUUCUUGUGUGGGGCCUACGACAUGCUUCUCGCCUCGCCUCUUCUCCAGUAAGUCGAAAAAGGAGAGGAAACAGAAAAACGAUCUCGGAAACCAGGUCAGCCCCUUACCAGAAUUGAUUGCGGAGCCUACUGAGGCGAGGUCAAUGUCGUUCGUCGGAACCCACGAGUAUUUAGCUCCCGAGAUCAUCAAGGGGGAAGGCCAUGGAAGUGCUGUCGACUGGUGGACUUAUGGUAUCUUUCUCUACGAGCUCCUUUUUGGUAAGACGCCAUUCAAGGGGUCUGGAAACCGAGCUACAUUGUUCAAUGUAGUGGGUCAGCCUCUCCGGUUUCCUGAAGCCCCAGUAGUCAGCUUUGCAGCAAGGGACCUCAUAAGGGGACUGCUGGUGAAGGAGCCACAGCACAGGUUGGCGUAUAAGAGGGGCGCUACUGAGAUAAAGCAGCAUCCUUUCUUCGAAGGGGUGAACUGGGCAUUGAUACGAUGUGCCACACCACCUGAGAUACCCAGGCCGGUUGAGUUGGAACGGAUUCCUGGGCCGGCACCAUUGGCAGGAUCUACGAGCGAAAAGGCAGCGAUGGUAGCAGCAGCAGGAGCAGGAGCAGGUGGUGGUCAGAAGGGUGGUGGUGGUGGUGGUGGUGAUAACUAUCUGGAGUUUGACUUCUUCUGA